AUGUCUGCCAUUGGCUCACUCGUCUUCUGCACAGACUGCGGCAACCUGCUCGACGGGAGUGCUGGCAAGCAGAAUGCCAUCUUGACGUGCGCCGUCUGCGGCGCAUCCUGUAAAGACACAUCCUCCAAGACGGUCGUUACACAAUCCAAGCCCACGGCUUUCCCAUCCGCUCUCCGUGCGAAGCGCUCCGAGGUGCAGACCAUUGCGGAGGGAGACGUGCAAACCACCAGUGUCAUCGACCAGCCGUGCGAGAAGUGUAGCAGACCGCAGGUUCGCUAUUACACGCAGCAAUUGCGAGGUGCAGAUGAAGGCACCACCGUCUUCUACGAAUGCGAGUGCGGGCACAAGUGGAACACAAACAAUUGA